UAUCCAAGCAAGUCAAACAAUGAUUUAUUCUCAUCAUUGAAUAUUUCCUUCUCAAAACUUUGUUACCUGUGAGUGAUUGCAAAGAAAGAAAUGCCAGGAAAAGGUGAGAAAGUUGCAAUAGGAAUCGACUUAGGAACAACUUAUUCUUGUGCUGCAGUGUGGAGGAAUGAUAGGGUUGAGAUGAUAGUGAACGACCAAGGGAAUAGAACAACACCUUCUUAUGUUGCAUUCACUGACUCUCAAAGAAUGAUUGGUGAUCCUGCUUUCAACAUGGCUGCUUGCAACCCAACCAACACUGUUUAUGAUGCGAAGAGGCUCAUUGGUAGAGAAUUUAGUGACCCUAUAGUUCAGAGUGAUAUGAAAUUGUGGCCAUUUAAAGUAAUUGGUGGCAUAAAUGACAAACCCAAUAUUGUUGUCAAUUACAAUGGAGAGGAAAAACAUUUUGCUGCUGAGGAAAUAUCAUCAAUGGUAUUGACAAAAAUUCGUGAGAUUGCAGAAGUUUACCUUGGAUCAACAGUGAAGGAUGUCGUUAUAACUGUUCCUGCUUACUUUAAUGACUCGCAACGCCAAGCUACUAGAGAUGCAGGUGUUAUUGCAGGUCUCAACGUUAUGCGAAUAAUCAACGAGCCUACAGCAGCUGCAAUUGCAUAUGGUCUUGACAAGAAACCGUUUAAUCAUGACCAUAAACAUGUUUUUGUUUUUGAUUUAGGAGGUGGUACAUUGGAUGUGUCUAUUCUCACAUUCGAUAAGAAUGGAAUCACCACUAAAGCCACUGCUGGAGAUACUCACCUCGGGGGACAAGACUUUGAUAACACAAUGGUGAACCAUUUCGUGAAAGAGUUCUUGAGGAAGCAUAAAAUUGACAUUAGUGGAGAUCGAAAAGCCCUUAGACGGUUGAAGUCUGCAUGUGAGAAAGCAAAGAGGAUACUUUCCAGUAAUACUGAGACCACAAUUGAGAUAGAAUGUUUGCAUCAAGGGAUAGAUUUCUUCUCACCGAUUAGUCGAGCAAAGUUUGAAGAAGUCAACAAUAAUCACUUCAACAAGUGUAUGGAGAUUGCGGAAAAGUGUCUAAUAGAUAGCGGGUUGGACAAGAGUAGUAUUCAUGAUGUUGUCCUUGUUGGCGGGUCUACGAGGAUUGUAAAAGUACAACAAAUAUUGAGUGAUUUCUUUGAAGGAAAGGAGUUAUGCAAAAGCAUAAAUGCAGAUGAAGCUAUUGCAUGUGGUGCUGCUGUCCAUGCAUCAAUAUUGAAUGGUGAUUUUAGUGAAAAGGUUAGCGUUUUGCGAUCGAGGGAGGUCAUUCCUUUAUCCCUUGGAUUGGAGAAACAUGGGGGAAUCAUGUCAACAAUGAUUCCUAGGAAUACCUUAAUUCCUACCAGCAUGGAACAAGUAUUCACAACACAUCUUCAUAACCAAACCAAUAUUUUGAUUCAUGUUUACGAGGGUGAAAGAAAAAUAACUAUGGGGAACAACUUGCUAGGAAAAUUUGUUUUGGAAAUUCCCCCAGCUCCGGCAGGUAUACCUCAAAUCAUGGUCAGUUUCCAAAUUGAUAAUGACGGCAUCUUGCAUGUCUCUGCCACCGAAAAAUUUCUCGGAGUAAAAAAGAAUGUGACAAUAAGAAAUGACAAGGGAAGGCUGUCAAAAGAAGAGAUUGAGAGGAUGAUCGAAGAAGCUGAGAAGUACAAGGAUGAAGACAAGAUGUAUAGGAAGAAGGUAGAAACAAGAAAUGCAUUGGAGAAGUGUGCAUAUAACAUGAGGAAUGCCAUAAACGAUAAGGAGAUUAUGAUGAAGCUUUCGUUAGAAGACAAGGAAGUGAUCGAUAACACAAUUGAUUCGGUCUUACUGUGGCUUGACGACAAUGUGAUUGUAGAACAACAUGAUUUUGAGUAUUAUACGAACUUACUUUCAAGUGUGUUUGAUCCCAUUAUUUUGAAGAUGAAAACGAUGAGCCUAAUGAUAAAAAGAAACAUCGGUUAUCAUUAAUGGCGAAACUCAUUGCAAAAAAGGGAAUCGUUUAUUUAGCUGGUCAUACAAUUUUUGAAGUUUUGUCAAAUAUGUAAAACUCCUUGCAAAUUGUACUAGAAAAUUUAUGUUUAAGUCAACAAUAUAAAUUCUUAGAUA